GCUGCCCGGCGGCUUCGCGGUGCCCCGGCCGCCCUUCUUCUGCGAGCUGCCCCCGGCCCCGCCGCUCCGCGCCCUGGCGCUGGGCCACGAGCACGUCCUGGCGCUCGGGGCCAACGGCGAGGUCUACGGCUGGGGCGGCGGCAGGUGAGAGCCGGGGGGGCUCAGGGGGCUGGGGUGGCGCCGGUGGCCGGGGUGCAGGUGAGGGGUGCUGGUGGUGGGGGGGGGGGCUCUCAGCUGGUAGCACGCAGGUGGAGGCAGGGUUCAGGGCUCCGGUGUCGCCAGCACGCUAAAACGGUGCCGCACUGCGUGGGCAGGCAGCUGAGCGAGCAGCACGCGCACCCGCCAGCACCUCAAGGGCUGUUCUUCUGCUGCUGCACAUAAAUACUGUGCUAAAGUCAUUCCUGAGUCUUGGUUCUUGAUUACGUGCAACUGGUCCUGAGCAGCAGCCCUGCGAGCUGCCCCCUGCCCCCUGUGCUGCUCGGGCUCGGGGCAGAGGCUGUCCCGGUGCCUUCCCUCGUGCCCCGUGUCAGGGCUGGCACUGGGGAGGCACCUGGGGGUGCAGCAGGGACAGAGGCACUCGGGUUCUGUCCCGGCCCUCUCUGCUCGGCGUUCCCAGGCCGUGCCGUCAGGCCUCAGGUGCAGUGGGGACCAGCGGGUUGUCCGCAAUAUUUUUCCCUGUUGGUACUGGUUUUGCUACUUGUACCCAAAUCUGGCGUUUCCCAUACUAUUACCUGGGCAGGCUCAGCCUGGCGUGUUGUUGCUGAUGCUGUGACAUCAGCCGGGUGCCACCGGCCUUACAGGACUCCCUGAAAGUCCCUGCGGGCACUGGUCUCACCCUGUCUGUGUGGGGUUCACCGCAGGCAGCACCUGGGUCUGUCCCCAUUGAGUCCGACCACACCGGGGGGCCUGGGGUCACGCUGCCAGCCCCGUGCUUGGUGAAUGUGUCUGGGUACGGCCGUGCGCCCCCAGCCCUGAGCAGACGUUACCAGCACAGCUGCGGGGUCGGGGUGUCGGUGGGCGAUCUGCCCUGACCACGUUAAUUGCCAAUUACAGAUAGUGACAGGGUAGAAGGGGUAAGUUAGCGAUCUCCUUGCUGCUUACGUGAAACAAAGCCAACAAAGAUUAAAGCAGAGCUGUGCAAACUGGAGUGUCUGCCUCCCUCGGUACUGCCGAUGUGCUCGGGUGCAUUUUGUUUCCUGGCCUCAGGUCGCUGGUGUUUGGGGGCUGUUGUCACGGCGGGCUGGUUGUCAUAGCAAACAGCAUUAGCUCAGCCCUUACAGUUCCAGAUAUUGCCAUAUUGCAUCGUUCUUGCCUUCUUUCUUUACCUUUAAAGGAAAGGUUUACACACCUCACUUGCUGUCGUGUAUUUCAGGAUUAACUUUUUGCAGACACUGAAUGCCGUGGUUAAGCUUUGGUUACUAGAAAAGUAUGAGAAGCCUCUCGUACUUCUUUGUGCCUCUUCCUUCAGCGUUAGGGCUCUGCUGAAUAUUGCCGUAGCUGUUCGUCUGGGGCCCUCCAGCCUUCAGGGACGAUUGCUUAAAGCAGCCCUCAGCUCCCCAGCAGUGCCCCUCUCCUUUCCCUGCUGGUGCUAACCCCGCUGUGCCAGCACCUGCAGCCUUGCAGGUUAAGUUCCUGACAUGCAAAUCAGCUCAGAUAUAAAUGACACAGCAGGGGCAUGUUCAUUAUGUUACAGUUGUGCCGUGCGUCGUUCCUUUGCACGUAGUUACUGCACCACGCAGCCCCCCCAGUCCCAGCUGUGUACCACCAGCGGCCGUGCCCCGGCCUCCCAGUGCCCUCGCUGCCGGCUGUGGCCCUGGCGCUGCUGCACAGCCGGGGGGUGGCAGGAGGCCGGGGGGCGUCGGGGCUGUGGGCACCGGGUGCGGGAGGUGCCCGUCCGUCUGUCCGCGUGCAUCUCCCCACAGGCACGGGCAGCUCGGCCACGGGGGCCUGGAGUCGGAGCAGCAGCCGCGGCUGGUGGAGGCUCUGGCUGGCGUGCCCAUGCGGGCAGUGGCGGCGGGCGGGUGGCACUCGGCCAGCAUCAGCGAGGGGGGGGACCUCUACAUGUGGGGCUGGAACGAAUCGGGCCAGCUGGCGCUGCCCUCCAAGGCGGUGGCAGAGGAGCAGGAGCAGGAUGAGGACGCAGGCACAGGGGCUGCGGAGCCGCCGCCGCCCCCCGGGAGCAGCCGGGCGCCGCCUUCAUUUCCAUCCAGGCGUUCCCGGCCCUGCUGGACCUGCCCCAGGACGUGGAGGUUGGUGCCGUCAGCUGCGGGUCCCGGCACACGGCUGCAGUCACACGAGACGGCGAGCUCUACACCUGGGGCUGGGGUAAAUACGGGCAGCUGGGCCAUGGGGACAACACCAGCUCUGACCGGCCCCGGCGCGUGGAGCACCUGGUGGCAGAGGGGCUGCGGGCACAGGAGGUGGUGUGCGGGCCCUGGAACACCUACGUGUGCGUCCUGGAGCAGUGAGGGGCACGAGGCUGUCCCACGACCAUCGCUGUGCGCAUGCAGCAAAGGGCGACAGAGGAGAGCUCUGCUCCUACCCCACGGAGCAGCCCUCGGCCCUUGGAGGUCGGGCAGAGGCUGGGCAGACACCAUGGGUGGGUUUCCCCCCCCGGGACCACAGCUCAGGCCGAGGAGCUGUGCUGCUGCCUCAGGCAGCUGGGGUUGCACUAGUGAUAAAGACAGAGCAGGACUACAUGGGUUUAUUAAAUCUCUUUUUGUAACAGCUGCGGUAGUGCUUCGCGUUGCAUACACGUACAGGUGCCCAGCUGCUCCAGCCCCUCUGGGCACAGGCAAGGUUUACAGAAAGAAGGCAGGGGCUGAAGAGCCAGGCCCAGCCCUCUCCCCCCCCCCUCCUGGCCUCCAGGGUGAUGCUGGAGGAGCCUUUGGUCACCCCAACAACCACACAAACAGCAGGGGCUAUAUACAUGGAUACGCGUUAUUCCCAUAAACAGUAUAUACAGAGUUACAGAGCAAGGGAACAGAACCUGGGGAAUAAAUAACAGCAAGUGGGGGAGUGUAGUGACAACAAGGUGCAAAUUAGUUCUGAUCAGGGACAGACACACAUACAGAGCUUCAUUAACAAAAGGUGCAAACGAGCCCCCCCCAGCACGUCGUACCACCAAGCCAUGCGCUGUCCUGCCCAGGAGCAGCAGGCGAGAAAGGGCAGGCAGGCGAUGGGGGGCACGUGCAGGGGGACAGGCAGCCCCGCACCAGGGGCUCGGGGAUGGGCAAAGGACAGGGGAAUCAGGCCACCUGGGGGCUCCAGGGGGCAGCUGCAGUGCCCAGCCUGGGGGUGAGUUGAGACCCUCAGCCACAAGCCCAGGCUGCAGCAGUCCUCGGGGGCCAAGGGAGGCUGCUUAGAGGAACCUCAGCUAAAGCAAGCCCUAGCUAAAGCAUGGCUGCUGUGCUGUUAAGGAAGAGCCGGGUAGAUAAUACCUACAGAUAUAUGGAAGGUUAAAAAAAAAGAGCCUUUGGUAAGAGGCACCAAGGCCAGCUCUCUGCACUAGGUCCUGUCUGUCCCAGAGCCCUGCCACCUCACCCCACUGCCCAGCCAGGCUCCCGCAGAAGCCACCACCCGCUGCUACGCUACCCCAAGUUUGUUCGCAGUCUUUAAUCACAAACAGUCACAAGAAUUCCCCAAAUAAAAGCAAAA